UAAAGAUAAGAUGGGGACCGGAAGUGUGGGUCUUCAGUGAUGGUGACACGCUCAGAUUAUACGAAUGUAGUUAGAGUUGCAUUCUGACAUCUGAACAGGCAGAAAAAACCACGUGUUUAGUUACCAGUGAUCGUAAUGGCGUAAACCAGCUCAUGAUGGCGUACAGAUUAAGGAUUAAGAUUAAGGAUUAAGGAUUUCCAUGAGAUUAAGAAUAUUUCAAGGUACAGGUGCACCUCUCUUCCUCAUGGAUGGCUGCAGCAACACUGUCCUUUUCUCAGCCCCUAACUAAAACCUUCACCUUAUCAGCAUGGACGGCGCUGGACACAAGUACUUCACUCCCAUUGACUUUGUGUUGUUUGCCCUGCUCCUGGUGGCCUCCAUGGCCAUAGGGCUGUAUUAUGCCCUCUCUGGAGGACGGCAAAAGACCACACAGGAGUUCUUGUUGGCUGACCGGAGCAUGAGGUGCCUGCCCCUUUCCCUCUCUCUCGUGGCCUCAUUCCAAUCCGCUGUUGCUAUAGUAGGGACUCCAGCGGAGAUCUACACCAAUGGCACGCAGUACUGGUUCAUUGGCUGCGCUUAUAUCCUGGGGCUCCUAAUCCCGGCCCACAUCUUCAUUCCAGUGUUCUACAGACUCCAUCUCACUAGUGCUUAUCAGUAUCUGGAGCUGCGUUUCUCUAAAGCAGUCCGAUUAUGUGGGACGGUGACCUUUAUUUUUCAGAUGGUUAUUUAUAUGGGUGUCUGUGUAUAUACUCCAGCUCUCGCACUGAAUGCAGUUACUGGUUUUCACUUGUGGGGAACAGUAUUAGCAACUGGACUAGUGUGCACAAUAUACACAGCACUGGGUGGACUGAAAGCGGUCAUCUGGACAGACGUGGUUCAGACGGUGGUGAUGUUUGCAGGUCAGCUGGCUGUCGUCAUAGUGGGUGUGCAGCAGGCUGGUGGUAUUUCUGAGGUUUGGAGGAAAGUCACAGAGGGAGGCUUGAUCUCUGGCAUUGACCUAAAUCCUGACCCGACUGUAAGACACACCUUCUGGACGUUGGCGUUUGGUGGUGUGUUUCUGAUGCUUUCUCUAUAUGGUGUGAACCAGGCACAAGUGCAGAGGUACCUUAGCUCUCGCACAGAGAAAGAGGCUAUAAUGUCAUGCUACAUGGUGUUUCCCUGUCUUCAGGUUGCUUUGGGUCUAAGCUGUCUGACGGGACUUGUUAUGUUUGCAUGUUACGGUGGUUACAGCCCGUUAGACAAACAGUAUAUCAGAUCUAAAGAUCAGAUGGUCCUAUACUUUGUCAUGGACAUGCUGCAGGACAUUCCUGGACUGCCUGGACUGUUUGUUGCAUGCUUAUUCAGUGCAUCCUUAAGCACAAUAUCCUCAGCUUUCAAUUCCCUGGCCACAGUAACAAUGGAGGAUUUCAUUAAGCCUCAUUAUCCCUCUAUAUCAGAGUCUAGAGCCACCCUACUGUCCAAGAUACUCGCCUUUUCAUAUGGCCUUUUAUGCCUUGCUAUGGCCUAUGCUGUCCAUCUGAUGAACAGUUCUGUUUUGCAGGCAGCUCUCAGUAUCUUUGGGAUGGUAGGAGGUCCCUUGCUGGGACUCUUCUCUCUUGGGAUAUUCUUCCCUUGGGCCAAUAGCACUGGUGCUGUAACUGGGCUGGUUGCUGGUCUCAUCAUGGCCUUCUGGGUUGGCAUUGGUGGAUUUGUGGCUCAAGCGUCAAGUGCUUCCAUUUGUUGUCCACACAAUGGCACUUAUCCGGUAUCAACAGAAAACAUGACCUUGACUACAAUGACUACCAUAUUAACUCCAGUCACUGAUAAACUGAGUAAACCUGUUGGGCUGCAUGGCUUCUAUUCCCUGUCAUACAUGUGGUACAGUGCUCUCAACUCCACUGUUGUGGUUGUUAUUGGACUUCUUGUCAGUCUCAUCACAGGUCCAAUGAAGAAAAGAGACUUAACAGCUGGCACGGUUUAUCCUCUGCUGGAUAACAUACGUUUUUUCCUGCUAAAGCCCAAGCUUUGCUGUGGAUCACCUCCAGAGCAGGGGCAAAUUGCUACACAUUGUGAACAAAUGAAUGGUGUUGCCAAGCCAGAGAACAAUACCGGAACAGAGGAAGAAAGAGAGACCUUUCUGCCACAAGGCCAAAGCUCUUAUUUAGAGAAGGAAACCUCAGUGUAACACACUAUCAGAAACACCAUGUCUGUUGUAAUUAGGAGUGCACUGGACUUUUGAUAAUGAAGUUACAAUUAAAUUACAGUGGAGUACGAGUGUUAUAUGAUAAUAUACUUUAUUUGUUUACAAAAUCUGUUGAUCAUUUGAGCUGAGCCUAGGAGGAAUCUCAUUUUUUCCUCUCCUUUUUUGGGCUACAAGUAGUUCAUCUAAAAAGCUGCUUACAAACAGGAACAGUUAUGUGAAUGUUAGUUGGUUGCACAAGCCAGAUGGGAAGAAAAUCAAUUAAAUAUAUUUUUUCUAAUUGACUUGUUCAGAAAAUUGGAGUUGAUUGUUGUUGAUUUGAUGCAUCCUUCGAAGCUGUUGUCAACAAAGCAAGGCAACAAGUCAUAAGCUCAGACAUAUUUGACAUACUGUAAAAACAAGGCUGCACAUUUAUUUUAAUGCAUAAGGUAUAUUAGUAAAUAUCUCAUGUGAUUACUAAAACAAGGUUGUUCAUGUCACUGCUAUUGUACGUCCCCAAUUUUUAAAAAAAAAAUGUUUUCCUCUAAGAAAACAGUGAUUUCCAAUAUGGAGUUAUGUCUAUGAAUACACUAUAUGUCCAAAAGAAUGGACACCUGAUCAUCAGACCCAUAUGUGGACCUUCCCCAAACUGUUCAAUACUGUUCACUACUCAAAAUGUUGUAUUGUAGUAUUAAGAUUAAGUUCCUUCAUUGGAACUAAAAGACCCAAAUCUGUUCCAGCAUGACAGUGCCCCUGCGAACAAAGCGAGGUCCAUAAAGACGUGGGUUGCCAAGGUUGGUGUGGAAGAAUGAGUGUCCUGCACAGAGCCCUGGCUCAACCCCACUGAACACCUUUGGGAUGAAUUGGAAUUCCGACUGCACCCCAGACCUCCUCACCCGAAAUCAGUGCCUGACCUCACUGAUGCUCUAGUGGCUGAAUGAGAAAAUCUCCACAGCCAUGCUCCAGAAUCUAGUGAAAAGCUUUCCCAGAAGAAUGGUGGAUAUUAUAACAGUAAACGGGGACUAAAUCUGGAAUGGGACGUUCAAAAAGCACAUAUGGGUUUGCUGUUCAGGUGUCCACAUAUCUUUAGCCGUAUAGUUUAGAAUUUGUUAGAAUGAGUAUAUGAGAUACAUUGCCAUUGCCACCCACAGCCUAACUGAAAGAGGACUGUUAUAAAUAUGUUUGUUUUUCAUGGGUAUAUUCAAAAUGGAUAUGUUUAUAAGUGUCCUUAAAUUAAUCAAAAUUGUUCAAGAACUCAAAUUAGCAAAUUGAGCAGAAAUAAAUGAGCUAAAUCUA